UUUGUGGACACGCCGCGGUGGGAGGCUCUCUCUGACAGGAGGAAGAAGGCUUGUGAGUGGCAGCGGGAUCUGAGCACCAAAGCCGUCGGUUCUGUUCUUGAUCAUCUCCUUCGUGACUCCGGGGAUCCAUGGCUAAGAAGGCGAUUAACAUCUGCAGUGUGUGCUGCUUGCUUCUUUAUAUCACCACGGCAGUACUUGCCAGUCGAGAUUUCUAUAAGAUCCUGGGGGUGAGUAAGACAGCAUCCAUCAGGGAUAUAAAGAAGGCCUAUAGAAAGCUGGCUCUCCAGUUACAUCCCGACAGGAACCCCGACGACCCCAAAGCACAAGACAAAUUCGCAGACCUGGGAGCAGCUUACGAGGUCCUGUCAGAUGAGGAGAAAAGGAAACAGUAUGACACGUAUGGAGAAGACGGACUCAAAGAAGGUCACCAUAGUUCUCACAACGAUAUCUUCUCCAGCUUCUUUGGUGAUUUUGGCUUCAUGUUUGGAGGAAAUCGGCAGCAGCAGGACAGGAACAUCCCCAGAGGAAAUGACAUAGUCCUUGACCUUGAAGUCACACUGGAAGAGGUGUACUCUGGGAACUUUGUGGAGGUCGUGCGGAACAAACCUGUAGCCAAGGAGGCUCCCGGUAAAAGGAAGUGCAACUGCAGACAGGAGAUGAAGACAACGCAACUUGGACCGGGUCGCUUCCAGAUGACUCAGGAGAUGGUGUGUGACGAGUGUCCCAACGUGAAGCUGGUGAAUGAGGAGAGAACCUUGGAGGUGGAGAUUGAACAGGGGGUGAGAGACGAGAUGGAAUACCCCUUCAUUGGAGAAGGUGAACCUCACAUUGAUGGCGAGCCUGGGGAUCUGCGAUUCAGGAUCAAAGUGCUAAAACAUCCAGUGUUUGAGCGCAGAGGAGACGACCUGUACAGCAACGUCACCAUUUCUCUGGUUGAGGCACUGGUCGGCUUUGAGAUGGACAUUGUACAUUUGGACGGUCACAAGGUCCACAUAGUGAGAGACAAGAUCACGAAACCCGGGGCUCGAAUGUGGAAGAAAGGAGAGGGUCUGCCAAACUUUGACAACAUUAAUAUCCGAGGUUCCCUCAUUAUCACCUUCGACGUGGAGUUUCCUCAGACACAACUGGAUGAUCAACAGAAAGAUGGUAUUCAGAGUAUCCUGAAGCAGGAAUCUGUACAGAAGGUUUACAAUGGACUACAGGGAUACUGAACCACUGGACUGAUUUCUUUACUACAACCACAAAAAUACACUUGUUCAAGUCAACAGGAGUGUGCUCCAGGUUUCUCGUCGAGAUGUUUUUAUUAUUUCCAGACUGUUUUCAGGAUGGUUGAAUCUUUUUUUUUAUUUUUAUAAUCGUAUCAGGAGAAGAAACGAUGUUUUUAUUUAAGUGUACAAUCAAAUGCAACGUCUGGUUUUUUUUUUUUCCUGUUCCUGCAAAUUCUACUGUAAUAAUAAUUUUUAAAGUUCUGACACAUGAAACCUGGAGAAGACCUUUCUUUACAGUAAGGUGACUCCUCGUGAAGGAGGUGUUGCAGAACUAAAGUCACACCUGAUUUAACUCUACUUGGACUUUCUCAUGGGUUUGUCCAAAUGCAACAGCGCCACCUGUUGAGUGAAUUUGCUCUGGUCUAAUUGUGAUUUCAGCUACAUUUUCUAAAUGGGGAGAAACAACACUCGUGUGUUUUUAGUUUUCCUAAUUUAUGUUAUGUGUUUGCUUUUGCCUACUGAUGGGAGAAGUGUGACAUUGCACUGCCUCCAGGUUCACUGUGGCAAGAGUUGAUCUCUUCAGUCAAACAGUGAGCACAGUUUACUUUGGAUCAUUUCCCAUUUUUACCUCCUCAAUGAUGACUCAAAUGGACUCCGGCCUCCCCUCAGGAUUUUUUAAGGGGUUUUCUGGUUUUCAAGUGACUGCAGCGCUGCCUCUCUGUCCAAAUUUCAAGAUUAGUGAGGCAUUACUUGAAUCUAUUUGACCCUUUUCACAUGUAUAAGAGGAUAUUGUUCUUCACUGACAAUAUUAAUAAAGAUUUAUACAAAUAUGAAUAAAUGCCAUACCACAAACGUACCACUAGAUGGUACCAGAGUCAAGUAAAUAUCACAUUUCCAUCACUGGUUCUCUACGUGGUAUCUGCAGUUUAACAUUCAGGUCAUGUUGGACUCUGAAACCCUAUCAAAGCAGAUUAAUUGGAGGUUUUGCCCUUCUACAGUGUCUAUAUCUAUUCUUAUUGACAAUAAAUCUCUGUGCACCCAGAA